AUCGCCCGACAUCGCCAAAAAGACGAAGAAGCCGGCGCAGAAGGAUGCGGAGUGUUGAAUACUCGAAAACGCAUGUGGAAAGAUGCAGAAGGCAAAAUAGUGACUAAAAAACCUACACUAGUGAGCGUGGCCAACACUGCACCGCUCACUUCGCCUUUGCAAGACCAAGUCUUUCAGUCGUUGCAGGACUUGGCGUCUUUCGCCGCACACGAUCAAAGUCUCCCUAUUUCUCCACCAUCCUCAAACAACCCCUCGCUUCCGAAUACGCUGGAAGAUCACGACUCGGGCAUAGGCAGUAAUGAUCAGCCUGUGGCCUUGGAUCCUACAUCUAUCUCUGCUCAAGACACCUUUUCGCCUAUAGAUCCUCGCUUUUGGUCUACCGACAUCACACAACCUCAACCCGAAUCAUUCCCCUCGGCCGUCUUUGACGAUGCGUCCUUUGACGAUAUCUUCAAUCCGGAUACCGCCAGCUCGUUCAACGCUCCGUUCACGACCAUGAGCAACUACAACUGGCUGUUUGACAUGGACUGGUCGAAGAACGACACAUCUCAACAGAUAGAUGUACAGGAGCCGUUUCCUGUCUCGUUUGACGAAAACUCGCUACCGCAGGCAAACACCAUCUUCAGCAUUGACCUGGAUCACACCAGUGUUGAAAAGGGGUCCAACACAGGCUGCUUUGGAUCACUUCCACGGCAGCUGUCCGAGCCGAUGUCACAUCACUCGCCUGUGCAAAUAAUUCCACCCUCGUUUUGUGAACAGCCUGAAAGCAUAUCACACGCUGUUAUGCCAGAACAACCGCCCACCCACCCCGAUAAGUUUGGAAUCGACAAUGCCCACGCAAACAGCCACAGCCUGCCUAUUCUCGAGCGCCCAAUGUCUCUGCUCAACCCCUCACGAAGCCUCCCUGUGAUAGACGAGCUCGCCCGUCAGCAACUCCUCGACCUAAUCAACAUCAUGCAGCCCACAGUUCCAGACGGCAGCACCGUCACGCGCGACGACCCCCUUCUCUCGCUCUCAUGCCUGCAGACAUAUUGCGACCUCUUCUUCACCCGCUUCAACACCACCUACCCCCUCAUCCACAUGUCGACAUUCGACCCCUCCAAAGUCGACACGCUCCUACUUGCUUCUGUCCUCCUUCUCGGCGCCACAUACGGCGAGAAAGAUGCACACCAACUCGCUGUAUGCAUCCACGACGUGCUGCGUCCGCAAAUCUUCGCCAGCGCCAGUUUCUCCGCCAAACCCGAUCUGUGGGUUCUCCAGACGAUCCUGCUGGUCGAGUGUUUUGGGAAGAGCAGAGCCGGCCAGAAACAACACGACAUGUCGCACUUGUUCCACGGGCUGCUGAUCAAUCUGAUUCGGAGGAGCGAUUGCCAGACGAUUCGCUCGCACAUGAUGCUGAGCGAUGACGUGACGUGCGAUCUGGAGGACGAGUGGCGGACGUGGUGUGAGGCCGAGGAGAAGAAGAGACUCGCCUUCCUCUGCUUCAUGUGGGACACGCAACACGCAGUCCUCUUCUGCCAAUCCCUCUGCAUGUCGGCUUUUGAGCUGCGGUCCAGCAUGCCGUGCGACCAGGUGCUCUGGGAAGCCUCCAGCGCAGAGUCGUGGCAACAGCUCCGCAGAACAAGAUGCGCUUCUCCGCCGCCCGUCUUCCUGUCCUGUCUGAAACUGUAUCUCCAGCAAUCGCAGAAUAGCGCGAAUCCACCGGCGGCGCUGAUUCCAAAAUCGCUAAACGCAUUUUCCCGCUCCCUGCUCUUCCACGGCCUCAUGUCCAUCGCCUGGGACAUGCAGCGCCGCGACCAAACCUCCCUGGGCGUCUCUGAUGCCGCGCCCCCGCUGGGUAACUGGCGGGACCGGCUCGCCGCCUCGUACACAGCAUGGCACACAGACUACGAGUCGUUCUGCACGCAGUACACGCAGCUAACGCCGUCACACACACCGGCGGGCCAGCAAGCAGCGCGCGAAUUCAGCGUGCACCGUGUUGCAACGCUCGCGCUGUACCACGCCGCACACAUUCUGCUGCACGCGCCGUUCCUCGACCUCCAGAUCUACGCCGGCGCGCGCCACAUCCUGGGGCGGCCCGUUGCCCGCUCCGACUACGCUCGGUCCCAGCGCGCAGUCAAGAAGUGGGUUGCAGAGCAAACCACACCGGUGCAAUCGGCCGUGUGGCAUGCAGCGGCGCUUGUUCGCGAUAGCGUCGAUGUCCUGGAUCCCGUAGGAACAGGAGCAGACGUGGGCAACGGCCGUCUCUGGCAUCACGCGUGGGCCGUGUAUCUAGCUGCACUGGUGAUUUGGGGGGCGUGGUAUGCUCGACCAGCAUCAUCAUCAUCAUCAUCAUCAUCAUCACAGCUCCUCGCAGACCAGCCGCUACCAGUACUAUCCAGCCAUGCACACGAAGACGACGACGACGACGACGAUAUCAUCUGGGAUCCCACGCAUGAAAUGCACGUGCUCCUUAAUGCUAUUCUUAGGCAGCAG